CAGUAGUACAAAAAAAAUCUGGUUGCCAUGAAUUUCAGCUAGCUACCCAACGACAUCUGUCAGUACAGUUGAGAAAAAACAUCAAUGUCAAGAGAAAGGAAGGAUUUCCAAAACCUUUUACCGCUUCUGUGUACGAAUAGGAGCACAGCAGCCUGCCUGCCUACUGUGAAUCGACCUUGCUGGCGCAGUGACUAGACCAGAAGACCUUGGCACCGUUGUGCCAGUUCAUAUCAAAACUCACGGAUUUCUGAAUCCAGAAGAUGAACGGUCUGUCCAUUAGAGAACUAUGCGGUCUGUUCUGCUGCCCCCCUUGCCCCAGCCGCAUUGCAGCCAAACUAGCUUUCCUCCCUCCAGAGCCCACCUACGCCCUUCUCCCUGACCCAGAUCCAAGUACUGGAGCUGCAACUGCUCCUGGGUCUGUUUCUGGGGCUACUCAGCCUUCUCUCGGAGCCCCAGGCCUGCGUUCCCGGGUGGGCACUGGUAGUGGAAGUGACAAAGGAGCCACUGCUGGACCUGCUGCUGCUGGACCUGCUGCUACUGGACCUGCUGCUGCUGGACCUGCUGCUGCUGCUGGAAGUGCGGCAGGUGCUGCAGGAGCAAGUGGUGCUGGAGGAGGGGUUGGCGGCAGUGGUUGGAGUGAGGGCAAGUGGAAGCUUCAUCUCACAGAGAGAGCGGAGUUCCAGUAUUCACAGAGAGAGCUGGAUCUGACGGAUGUAUUCUUGACCAGAUCUAGCCGAGGGAACAGGGUGGGCUGCAUGUACAUUCGCUGCGCCCCAAAUGCCAGGUUUACAGUGUUGUUUUCCCAUGGCAAUGCAGUAGACCUGGGCCAGAUGAGCAGCUUCUACAUCGGCUUAGGCACACGCAUCAACUGCAACAUCUUUUCCUACGAUUACUCAGGCUACGGUGUUAGCACUGGAAAGCCUUCUGAGAAGAACCUAUAUGCUGACAUUGAUGCUGCCUGGCACGCCCUGCGCUCCCGCUAUGGCAUCAGCCCUGAGAAUAUCAUCCUGUACGGACAGAGCAUCGGCACGGUACCCACAGUGGACCUGGCGUCACGGUUUGAGUGUGCAGCUGUUGUCCUCCACUCCCCUCUUACCUCGGGCAUGAGAGUGGCUUUCCCCGACACCAAGAAAACUUACUGCUUCGAUGCCUUCCCUAACAUAGAGAAAGUGUCAAAGAUCCCGUCUCCAGUGCUCAUCAUCCACGGUACAGAAGACGAGGUGAUCGACUUCUCUCACGGCUUGGCCCUGUUUGAGCGCUGCCCCAAGGCCGUGGAGCCCCUUUGGGUGGAGGGAGCCGGGCACAACGACAUUGAGCUUUACAGUCAGUACCUGGAGAGGCUACGGCGCUUCAUCAACCAGGACCUGGCUGCGCAACACGCCUGAAAAACAAGCGGCAGCCUCUCUGCGCUCGUGUGAAUGAGAUUGUGUGUGUGUGUGUGUGUGUGUGUGUGUGUGAACGUCGGCAUGUUUGCAAAGUAUGUGUGAGAAGUUGACCUAAAACGGUGUGUGAUAUUUUGUCACAUCUGUGUGUCUUUGAAGCAGCACACCUUUAAGUUAAUUUUCAACACAACAUAUGUUUAAAUUAUUUCCUGUUCGGGUGAAAACGCUUUUAAAUAUAUCAGUAGCUAGGUGGUGAAACGCUAAAAACAAGAACCAAGAUUGAACAAAUUCACAAAUCAGUUUUUUUAUCUUGGGGGCAUUUAUGAAUUACAGCUUUGAAAGGAGUCACUAACAUGAAUUAGGAAGUAACAACAAUGUGCUUUGUCCAGAAAGGCACACAGAUGUAAUUUUUUAUUAUAACGUGUUACUGAAUGAAUGAGUCAUGGAUAUAAGGGUUGAGUGUUUAUUCAUAUCUCCAUGGACAUGUUUGUGUGUGUGUGCGUGUGUGUGUGUGUGUGAGAAGCAGUGCUGAAAGAAAUGAAGGACAUCCUGAUGACUUGGACAGGUGGAGGAGGCUUAUUGAGACUUAUCAAUUUGAUGUUUUUUUUGUUGCGUGUGUGUAUGAAGAAUACCUCCACAGCUUGACCAGUUCUCUCUGCAGUGGACAAACACUGGUCAAGCAUGUGCCCCCCCCUUCCCACCCCCCCACUUCCUGUUUACCUUUUUAAUGGACAUCCAUGUGACUGCCAGGGCAUUUCCCAAGUUGUUGUCCAGCUAACACUAACCUACUUCUAUUUGUGUGGUUUGGGGGUCCAUCUCCUUCCCUUUGGUGUCAGUUACGGAGAAACAAAAGGACUAGUCUGGAAUACUGGCAUGGCUUAUAUGGCUGUUGGGUUUCGCAUACUUUCCUCUCCCUAAUUUCUGACUGAAAAGAUCCCAGAAUGGCUUCCACUUUAUUUCAUGGCUGUGCUGUAGUUUUUGCCUUUACCUGUUCACAGAAUUGCAGCAGAACCGUACAGGGAAUUACUUCCUGUAUUGAUUUCCCCCCCAUCAGGUCCUUCAUAUUUGUGAUAGAGACGUCGGUGUGGUAUAAAUGGAAACGGGUCUUUUAGAGCCACAUUGAUAGCAUCUCUGGAAUUUUUAGAACACAUAUAGAAGUGAAGGAUAAUUUAGUCAUUUCCAUGUCCCAUUUCGAUGGUUUGGCUUUAAAAAGAAGGCUGUAGCCCUUCAGCAUUUACUAAUGUGUGACGUUUAAAGGUUGGACAGACAGCGCUGACUUGGUAACAGCAGGAUGAAUGUCAAGUAUGAAGUUAUAGUUAGAUAUUCUGUUUGUUGCUGAAAUUAGAUGAGAAGAUUUAUACCACUCGGCUUACUCGGACAAGAAAUCGUCGUGCACAUAACCUCGCAUACAGCAACAUUUCAUUUUUGUUGUUGUGGAUUACACUAACAAGAUACAGCAUGUUUAUUUAUUAAUUUGUGAGGUGCUGGCAGGUGGAUUUUGUUACAUUUGUACAGUGCCAGGCUAGCUGUUUCAUCCAGUUUCAUGACUUUAUGCUAAGCUAACGAGCUUUGACCUUAAGCGUACUUACAUGACACAUGAGUCGAAUCAAUCUUCUCCUCUAACCCUCGGCAAUAGAGCAAAUAAGUGUGUUUCCAGAAUUGUUAACUCUACCGUUAAGUCUGAAGUGCCACUGUGGAGGUGUGUGGAUAAUUAUAGUCUCUUUUGGUGACCGUACCCUUUUAGAGAUUGAUGUUCUGGCUAGAUUUCUAACGGUUUAAGGAGAUAAAAGUAGCUGCGGAGGUAACCAAACUAAUGAGGAUUAAGUGUGAUUUAUUCAGAAUAAUAUUUUGCUCCACCAGAAUCUCUUAUGUGUGUUGCUGGUUAACUUGUAGUCUUACAGCACAGUUUUGUUUUCCAUUUCUUGCUCCGGUAGCUCUCGUCACCAGGGUUAGUCCGCCUCCCGUUCAUAAUGCACAUUUGUUUCUAACGUUUUUGUCUUGAUGUAAUUAAUCCAAACUUGUUUGAUGUAGUGUGGGGCCGUGGACGGUCUGUCUCAGAACCAUGCAUGUAGAUUUUAGGACUAACGAUGCGUUUAGGGUCAGGUGCCAGGACGGGACAUCACGCCUACUAAUAGCUCUGUGUAACCUCUGUGGCCCUAAAUGUUCAGGAGCUCUCUUAUGGGUGGCAGCACGCUUCAUGUCUGACACAAGCCAUAAUUUGAGCCUCUCACUGUUGGUGUGGUGCAGGUUCCACCACACACACCUUUGCACAUCAUCAACACACACACACACACACACACACACACACACACACACACACACACACACACAGUUCAUGUACUGUAGUAUACAGUACAUUUACACAUUUAUAUCAGAUCAAGCAUGACAAAAGCAGGUCUUAAGUUCAGCACUAUUGUACAAAGCAUCCAAAGUGUAAUAAGGGUAUAAAAUGUAAGUUUGUGUGUCUUCAUUAUUAUUAUUGACUGUCUUUUACAGGCCAGCAUUAAGAAUACUCGCAUCAUAACUAGUAAAAGACCCUGUGUUUAGACGGAAAAAAGUACUGGUCUGGUCCCAACGGUCGCAGGCUUGCGCCGCAUUUUCAGAUCUACACAAGGUGUCCGCUGCAUAGGAGACGCAUCAGUUUCAGUGGUAGUAGCUGCGGUUUUUUUAAGGGAACAUGUACUGAACUAGCACUGAUCUGAUUACUCCAUUGUGGGAGUACAAGUGGGUCUUAGUGAAGGCCACUCGCUUCCUGUCAUCACUUCGAACAGGGAAUCUUUUCAUUCUCAUCCUGUACUUUGUGUCUUCGAUAUUUAAAUAAUGGAAAACUGUUACCAUCGUGGACAAGGGAUCUGAGCUGUCAGAAGAAACUGAGAGUUAUGGCCUCUCUCUGGAAGCAGAAGUAGGCAUCAGUUUCUUUCCUGGACCGGACGUGUUAUCAGGGAAACCACUGGAUCCACCUUUCAUUCAUGGGGUUCAAGAAACGGGGCGGAGACUCGCCGUUUUAUUGAUGCACCACUAUUAUAUAUUGUAUCCUCUGGCCCUGAAUGUGUAUUGAUGGGGGUGGGGGGGUUGAACAGUGAAAACUGUAUGCAUGUCUAUUGUGUUUUGCAGAGCAAGUGGGACGUUAUCUCUAUUAUGUAUUCUAUGUGAGGUUAAAGCUGAACUCAUGGCAUUGGAACAUUGAAGCGCUUUAAAAAAAAAACGGGACUUUUAUUUGAAUUUUUUUAUUGCUGAUACUAACUGAUGUAUUGUUAUGAGUUUUGUGCUAGAGUUCAAGCAGGGCAGUGCUAGGGGGGAGGGUGGGGGGAGGGGCUAGACAAUAUUAGUGGGCUGUUUAUAUGGUUACUGUACUUACCUAUUCUAUUCUGUUUUAUUAUUUGUAAUUUUAUGUUGCUUUUUUGAACUGAGAAUAUGAUGUAAUGAUAUGAAUUAAUGGGACUGAAUCUUGACCUUUUUAUGGACAACAAAAUAAUAAAAAAGAUCACUUAUGUACAAAAACGUGAAACUGACUUUUGUUUUUAAAACAACCUUUUUUGUACAGUGCAUACAUUCACAAGUAUGGACAUCUGGUAGACACAAUAUACAAAAUAUUGCAAUAUUUGACACAGAAGUGAGAUUGGGUUUAAAAUCACAAUAUACUAUAAUCAUUACUUACUAAAAACAUCUCUUCACAGAUGGAAUAGAUACAUAUAUACACAGCUAUAAAAUACAGUUAUUAAAAUCCUGUAUACACCCUCUUUGACAAUAUUGUAUUUGAAAUUUUAUGGGAAUAGUUCAAAAUUAUUUUCAGAAUUAAACAUUACACUUUGGAUAUUUUUUUCAAAUCACACAAUGUUAGAGCCCACCUCCUUUCCCUUAUGUAACCAACUAUUUCUCGAAUCACAUAUUUUUAAACAUCUGUCAACAGGACUGAUAUGGCAACAAUUCCAGAGCAAAGUUUUUUAUAAAAACUGUUCUUAAAAGAAAUAUCAGUGCCUGAAUGUAUAAGUGCAAGUGAAAUCCUGCCUUGGUGCUUCACAGUGGAGUUUAAUGGGAGUGACUGCCCUCUGCUGGCGGAUUCUUGUCACUAACAGUCUUCAUUCUGAAACAUGUCACUAGAUUCCAGUAGUGAAUGUACACAUUAGCCCGCGUUCACACCGAAGUACUUUUCCCCUUUAGUUCCGUUAGUACCCCUAAUGUUGCGUUCACACCAAAAAGAGUACUGCCGGGAACUUUUACCCCCAUUUGUAGUGCCUG